AUGGACCGCAACAGUCCACAUCCUAUGGUGGAUCCCCUUCUCGCCCUCGCCCUCGCAACAAUCCUCAUCCUCACCUUCAACUUCAUCAAAGGCCACCCGCUAGGCAUUUCCGGACGACUUUCGCGCCUUCUUCGGAGGGGGAUGAAAACCGAACAGGAUACCAUCUACUUGUGCGGGUGGGCCAUGGUCUUCCUUUGGGGCGCCUACACCAACGCGGCACUCCAGCUUAGUGGGAUUUUCAGAUCCAGGGUCUCCAAGGUGUGGUUUACGUGCUUGGUCGGCAUGUUGGUCUUGGGCUGGCUUUGGAAUGUCGGGUUGACGGUGAAGUUGCUGUCUGGUAAAUUAAAGUUAGGGGAUGGAAUACUUUCUUCUGCACUGCCGACUGAUUUCAAACUUCUCAGCCGUGAUCCGGAGAUCAGAAAUCGAAGGGAGCUGCUCUAA